AACACAAAUCAGUCCAAAUCAAAAGUCAGCAAAGGCUUUCAAGCUAUUCAAAGUACCAAGACUAUGUAAUCGCAGUCGGAGGUGGUUAUACCGGGCGCGUAGGCCAACUCAUACCUGCCUCGGCGCGGCCGACGCCAGUCUUCGCCCGCCCGACCGCCGAGCGACAGUGUACAAGUGUAGACCAUGCAAGUGCUCAGCGUUACCCUGGCCUGGCUGUGCUGCGUGCAGGGCGUCAUCAGGACGCCCUUGGAAGCCUUCAGGCCCUCGGCAGAGAUACAUCUGAGGAGGCCGGACAAACUACCCUUUUUGCCGCACAAACGACCCGUGCCUCCCUUUAAGAGUGGACUCAAGAUUUUGUACCAGACUGGGGUGUCAGAGGAUGACCUGCCAGCGUGCAGGCCGCGGCAGGUGUGCAGUAAGGUCGACCUGUACGACACCACGCAGCCGUGGCUCGAGAAGAAAUGCCGGUGUUUGGGUCAUAGGCCGUGCUCAAGCGAACUUACCGCUGAUGACAACCACACGCUCGCCGACAAAACAACCCUAUACAAGACCUGUGAACCAGUCAAGCGGCUGCCCAAGUGCCGGUACUUCAAGGACCCGGCGUGGACCAUCUACACGCUACCUGACAGCAACGCGACGCAGCAGAUCAUCAGCUGCCACUGCCCUAAGAUGUCGGUCACGUAUCUGCUGAAGAAGCUACCGUAUACGACGCCAGGCGGGGAGCAGGGCAACCAGUAUCAGUUUGCGUGCUCGCCUAUCAGCAGACUACGUUGUUCCCGAAAAGAACCGUGCAAGCUGUUCAGCGUGCGCCGGCGGCACGAGCAGAUCGACGAAGUGAACGCCAACACCAUCUGCCAGUGCCCGCGCGACCACUCCUGCCCGCGGCACCACACGGAGCCCGGCGUGCUUGCUGGCGUGACGUACGCGGCUGAAGACAUCCGCACGUACCACGGGUAUUGCAUGCCCGAACCGCCUGAGACGUAUCGAUUUGUGGGCGAGAAAGACUGAAAAUAAUUACGCUUUAUAACGGGCUUAAUUGAGUCGCGGAAUUUAUAUCUUGUUGUCGAUUUUUUUGCCUGUACGGUGCAAUUAUAUAACAAUCUAUCCUACAUGGUUAUUACCAAAAAUAUAAUCGUUUUUCGAACUCAAGUAUACCAGGAAGCUGUGCACAAAUUCGCAAUCAAACCUAGAAGGCAAAACUCUGACAACAUGAUAUGAAUUUGCCUUUAUAUAUUUUAUCGUUGUGGAUAAUACAAGCUUGUUGAUUUAUUCACAGCUAUAAACAAUAGUCACGCGACAAGUGUUGUACGAACGCCUUUCUUUUGAUUACAAUGACGCUAAGGUUGCUUUGCUCAUUACCUGUUUAGUACAAAAUCUUAUAAGGCAGCUUUUUUUAUUAUUAAUGCAAUUAUUUUAUAAGAACUGGACAAAUAGCCCUAUCAAUAACAGAGACCAGCUAAUUCUGAAAACUAUUACAAGUUUCUUUUCGUAACUUCAGUAGGCUGAACUGAAUCUUUGUCAAUAGGAGUAAAUUACGAACAAAAUGAACAAAUCGUGUUGGUUAAUGUACAAAGUGAAUUACUUACGGGCAGACGCCCGGAUUUAGAGACCUAGGGCCCCUAGGUACUUGGAAUGGCACUUAGAAUUAAGGCCCCCUUAUCUAUCUAUAAACCAUUGCUACGGGGACGGGGAGUUGAAAAAAUGUGCUCCAAGUUGAAAAAGAGUAAAUAUAAAAUGAGAAUCGAAAAACAAAAGCUUAGAAAUCUUGUGUGACACUUUUUUAAUUCCCCUCAUGUAAGGGCGAGCAUAUUGUUUCUGUUAUAGUUAUUAUGUAAAUAAUAGUUGUAGAGUAAGUAAUCAUUCCAAACGGUUAGUAUAGAUUAAUUAUUGAUAUUUUAAUUAUUUACUUGCCAUAUGUUGCGUUUGUUCCGAGUCUUCCAUUCCAGUCAAGAAGACAAAAUUGUUUCAUUAUUUUGUUUAUGUUUACUAUUGUCUAAUCGUUUUUGUUAUUUAUGGCGAUAUAGUCGUGCUCUUAAUUAUACUCGAUUAUAAUAUCUUUAAACUUUUUACACCAUUUUUACGAGACGACCAUAGGGAAUAAGUUAGAAAAUGUUGCAAUGCUUCAACUUGAAUGAACAAAUAAGAAAACCCAGUAUUCAAAAUGAUUAAACUUAAGUUAAUUUAAACAUAAUUAAAGGGUACUUUCUUAUAAAUUCAUGGAACUGUAAAACUUUUAAAAAUAAUCCAGAUUUCCAUGAAAUUAUUUGCAAGUAUCCGCUCUAAGCCGAAACUUAAUGUUAAAUGAAAAUUAGUGUCGCAAUUGUCGCAAAGUGAAAAUUAGGAGUAAGAUGACAGAAUAAGUUAUGAAGCUUACGUUGAAUUUGCAAAGUAUUUAAAAGUUCAGGAGUCGAGGCACUACUGAAGACUGUAUCUAUGUAAAUAUAUUUGUAAAAUGAUAACCUUGACGUGGUUUGUCUUCCUUAUUUGUUUUAUGUAUAAAUUUAAUCAUAAGUUAAAUUAUUGAACAAAAAUAAAUAAAUGUUUCGAUAUCAAA